ACUCAACUAUGACUAUGAACUAUGAAGAAAAUUCAGUAUCUUUUGUCAAGUAAUCCAGCAACUACGUAUGUGAUUGUCUUUCAAGUUUUUUGUUGAAUGUUCAUAACUUUACAUUAUACUUUGCAGUUUGCAUCAUACGAGUACGAGUACCAAGGCUGAAAGCAGUGUGUCGCAAUUGUUUAUAGAGUUCAGUUUAAUUUUAGUAUCUAUCACAAUAAUCUACCUGAUUAUUACCAUCGAUGACUGGAUUCCACUAAGAAUGGAUGCUCCAGCGAUUGGUAUCGAUUUAGGCACCACGUACUCUUGUGUCGGCGUUUUCCAGUAUGGGAAAGCAGAAAUAAUUCCGAAUGAACAAGGAAAUAGAACCACGCCGAGUUAUGUUGCCUUUACAAAUGACGAAAUCUUAGUUGGAGAUGCAGCCAAAAGUCAGUCAGCGAGGAAUGUGAAUAAUACCGUUUUCGAUGUCAAAAGAUUGAUGGGUCGUGAAUAUAGCGAUAUCAAUGUGAAGGCCGAUAAGAAGCGAUGGCCUUUCCAAAUUAUUAACGAUAAAAACAAACCAAAAAUUAAAGUCGAAUUCCAAGGAGUUUCUAAGACGUAUUUUCCAGAAGAAAUAUCUUCGAUGGUAUUACAAAAAAUGAAACAGAGUGCCGAAGCCUAUCUGGGAAAAACGGUUAAAAAUGCUGUAAUUACCGUGCCAGCUUAUUUCAACGAUUCUCAAAGAGCUGCUACCGUUGAUGCUGCGAAAAUCGCCGGUUUGAACGUAUUACGUAUCAUCAAUGAACCUACAGCUGCUGCCAUUGCUUACGGUCUCGAAAGAAAAGACUCCAACUGCGACUUGCAAAACAUACUGAUUUUCGAUCUCGGAGGCGGGACUUUCGACGUCUCUAUUUUGACUAUCCAAGGUGAUGUUUUCGAAGUGAUCUCGACAGCUGGUGAUACUCACUUGGGCGGUGAAGAUAUCGACAAUAAGUUGGUCGAUUAUUUCGUCAAAGAAUUCAAAUCUAAAUUCAUGACUGACCUCAACGAGAACAAAAAAGCCUUGAAUCGUUUACGAACCGCCUGCGAACGAGCAAAACGAAUUCUGUCAUCAGCUACCGUUGCCAAUAUCGAUAUCGAGUGUCUUUCCGACGGUAUCGAUUUCUAUACUUCGAUCACUCGUGCUCGUUUUGAAGAAUUAAACGCAGACUUCUUUCACAGCGUAAUGGCAGUGGUGGAAAAAGCCAUCCAAGAUGCUGAUAUAGACGAAAGUGAAAUUGAUCACGUCGUUUUAGUCGGCGGAUCUUCGCGGAUUCCAAAAAUACAAAAAAUGCUACAAGAUGUCUUCGACGGAAAAGAACUGAGCAAAUCGAUCAAUGCGGACGAAGCAGUAGCCUAUGGAGCAGCUAUACAAGCUGCCAUUCUAAACGGAGACGACGAAUCGAAGCAAGUGCCUGGUGUAGUUUUAAUGGAUGUCACUCCGAUGUCAUUAGGAAUCGAAGUUAUAAAUACAAACGGAGGCGAUCAUAAAAUGUCUGUGGUUAUCAAACGUAACACUCAAAUUCCAGUCACACGAACUCAACUUUUUUACACCGCCAUAGAUAAUAAAACAAGUCAAUGGUUUAGAGUAUUCGAAGGCGAAUCAGAUUUUUCAAAGGAUAAUAAUUUUCUCGGUAUGUUUGAACUUACUGCAAUCCCUUCUGGACCCGCUUGUACUACUAAGAUGGACGUAACGUUCGAAAUCGAUGCUAACGGUAUCUUGAACGUAACCGCUGUUGAAAGAUCUACCGGUAGUCGCAACCAAAUCACCAUCUCGUAUAAUAAAAGUCGUCUCAGUGAGGAUGAAAUUGAGAGUUCGAUCGUAGAAGCUGAACAACGUCAAGUCACGGAAACCAAACAGAAAGCUGUAUCAGCUGCGAAGAAUUCUCUAGAAUCGUACUGUGUCGAUAUGAAGAGCACUUUGGAAAAAGCGAAAUUCAAAAAUAACAUCGAUAAAGCCGACAAAGACAUUAUUGCGAAGAAAUGCGACGAAACCAUCCUUUGGUUGAAUUCUGACCAGUCUGCGGAAGCAGAGAUAUUCGAACGAAAGCUAGAAGAAUUACGAAAAGUAUUCGACGUAAUUGUUUCAAUGGCCAGAAACCCGUCUAGAAAUACUGCCAAAUAUUACGAAAUAUUAAAUGUACCGAAAAACGCCACCGAUGAACAAAUAAAAACAUCUUAUAGAGAAUUAGCUUCUGAGCUUCAUCCCGACAAAAGCGAAGGAGACAAGGAAUUAGCAAAUAUGUAUUGGCUUGUCGUUAUGAAAGCAAAACAUGCUCUCAUUAAUUCAGCAAAACGAAUGAAAUUUGGAUAAUCAGAGCUGGUUUAACCAUGGAAAUAUUCGAAAUGUGACAUUCAGCAAGAUCGAUCAAGCGUUUUCAAGCUCGUGGUGAAUUCAGAAGUCUCAAUAUUUAGUUCUGGUCUUCCGGAAGGAUUGCCAUUAAGAAUUUUAAUAUUUUUUGGCGCUUGAAAGAAUUUAUGAUGGUUUGGAUUAGCAGAAGUCAAAUUAACACCAUCAUCUGUGAUAAUAAUGUACCUAUGUAUAAUUUAAGAAUUGUAUUUUGUAAAAUAUGCAUUUUUACGUGUUGUGAUUUUCAUUUUAUAUCUAUAAGCGCCCCCCCCCCUUGACUGUAUGAUCUCAUCUAUUGCAUUACCGUUUCCUCGAUGAUUCCACUUCCCCAAUUUCUUUUGCACAGAUGAAUGCAGAUAUUAUAUUUUAUACUGAAUUAGAAAAUAUAUAGCUUCUU